GCCGCGGCGUGGGGCGCAGGUAGGAAGGAUGAGCUCCUACGCUGACAUCUGCGGCUCCAGGCAGGCACAGGGCAGCACUGAGGGAGGCCAACAGCGCUACGGAGUUCGCUCCUACCUGCAUCAGUUCUAUGAGGACUGCACGGCCUCCAUCUGGGAGCACGAGGAUGACUUUCAGAUCCAGCGAUCGCCGAGCAGAUGGAGCUCUGCGUCCUGGAAGGUGGGACUCAUCUCUGGAACGAUUUUUAUGCUGAUAGGCUUGGCAGUUCUCGUCGUCGGUUUCCUCGUGCCCCCAAAAAUCGAAGCCCUGGGGGAGAAUGAUUUUGUGGUGGUCGACCACCGCGCCAUGCAGUUCAACAGGUCCCUCGACGUGUGCAAGCUGGCGGGGGCUGUCCUGUUUUGUCUCGGAGGGACCGCCGUGGCCAUGUGCUUGCUGGUGUCUGCUUUUGCUAAAAGUUACUCCAAAGAAGAGAAGUACCUCCAGCAAAGAUUUAAAGAGAGAAUAGCUGAUCUGAAAGCCCAUGCCAACCCUGUCACAAAAGCGCCAGCACCCGGAGAAUCAAAGAUACCUGUCACUCUGUCCAGGGUUCAAAACGUCCAGCCUUUGUCUGAAACCUGAGCCCUCUCCUUUAGGUUUGUUUCUCACUUGUACAUCAGUUUAUCGGGAAAUAUCAGCUGUUGUCGGCAUACCUGCUAGUAAUUACAUCAAGUGCGCUGCUAUACAAGCAUACAGCUGACUGAGAACCUGCUCCCAACGCAGAUUUAGGACUGGAAGAAGUGAAAUUAGAGCUGUGACCAGUGUGUUCAGUGUGUUAAAACAUUUUAACCUAUGUUGAACCAAGGAGUCCUUGCAACAGUGAUUAGCCAUUUAGCAUUAUCAGACCGUGGCCCUAGAGAAUAGAUGGUUGUGACAGCUGCCCUAGGGGCAGCCUGCAUCCCCCUGUUCAUAUGAGCUGGCCCUUUUGUUUUGGUUUGGUUUCUUCAUGCUUUUCAGGUAUUGUUUGGUCUUACUCCCCGGCCGUGCUGCCCGGGGAGCUGAGGUUCUGCCCUUGUAACUUGCACUCGUCCUCCCAUCUCGUUUGUCUCCCGCAGCGAAGGAAGAACGUGCAGGUAGCACAGGCGACACCUUGGGCUGCCCUUAGUUUGAGCCCAGCACCUUCCCUGUGGUGUUACUGUCUGUUACUUUGCUUUUAAUCAUUGCUACAUUAGCAAAAAACCCACAAAAUCAAAGGAACUCAUGGGAGGUUUGAUACUGGUUCCUUCAUCAUGUUAUGUUUGAAGCUCAUAAAACCUUAUUUUGGUUUUGACAGGAUGUGGAUUAUUAAGUGUCAUUUGACAUGCCCAGGCCCCGUAUUCUGUCAGUAUAUUGUUCUCAUGUUAGAUGACCCUAACAUACUUACUUAAAGGCAUUUUUAAAUGCUGUUUAUAUUUUUAUAGGUAAUAGAGUUAUGCUUAAUCAGAUAACAUUUGUGCAAAUGCUUACCUGAAGAUUUGUCCUUUCACUGAAGAACGUUAAUUCUUUUGUCACC